UAGCGACCACGUCUGUUGCUCUCCCGACCAUGCCCGAGCCGGCCAAGUCCGCGCCCGCCCCGAAGAAGGGCUCCAAGAAGGCGGUGACCAAGGCGCAGAAGAAGGACGGCAAGAAGCGCAAGCGCAGCCGCAAGGAGAGCUACUCGGUCUACGUGUACAAGGUGCUGAAGCAGGUGCACCCCGACACCGGCAUCUCGUCCAAGGCCAUGGGCAUCAUGAACUCCUUCGUCAACGACAUCUUCGAGCGCAUCGCGGGCGAGGCGUCGCGCCUGGCGCAUUACAACAAGCGCUCGACCAUCACGUCGCGGGAGAUCCAGACGGCCGUGCGCCUGCUGCUGCCCGGGGAGCUGGCCAAGCACGCCGUGUCCGAGGGCACCAAGGCCGUCACCAAGUACACCAGCUCCAAGUGAUGCCCCGGCAGAGCGACUGAUCGGUCUCGCUCAC